GAAGUGACAGUCGGAUGACUGAAGUCACGUGAUUUUUGAUAUGCGCUACCUAAACAGAAAAUCCGUAAACAGUAGCUGUACUUAGAAAACUCAAAACAUUUCGUGCACCAAGGGUUUCGGCUCGGUGGUAGUACAUUUUAAUCAUGCAGAACGUCAUCAAUUCUGUGAAAGGCACAGCUUUAGGGGUGGCUGAGUUUCUAACGCCCGUCCUGAAGGAAUCCAAAUUUAAAGAAACUGGAGUUAUAACACCUGAGGAGUUUGUUGCUGCAGGAGAUCAUCUAGUUCAUCACUGCCCCACAUGGAAAUGGGCAUCAGGAGAAGAAGCAAAGGUGAAGCCAUACUUGCCCAAGGACAAGCAGUUUCUGUUAACCCGUAAUGUCCCAUGUUACAAGCGUUGUAAACAAAUGGAGUACUCUGACGAGCUGGAGGCCAUUAUAGAAGAGGAUGAUGGUGAUGGAGGAUGGGUUGACACUUAUCAUAACUCUGUGACUGGAAUGAUGGAGGCAGUUCGUGAAAUCUCGUUGGAUAACAAAGAUAAUAUGAAUAUGAAUGUGCACUUGGGCAGUGGAAUUAGUGAUGAUGAUGAUGACGUAGAAGCAGCGGAUAUGAAGGAGUAUGAAGAAAGUGGACUUUUGGAAACAGAUGAGGCGACUCUUGACACAAGUAAAAUGGCAGAUACAGCUAAGUGGAAGGCUGAGGCAAGCGGAGAAGAUGCCAUUCUUCAGACCAGAACCUAUGAUCUAUACAUAACUUAUGACAAAUACUAUCAAACUCCUAGGCUGUGGCUUUUUGGAUAUGAUGAGGAAAGACAGCCACUCACUGUUGAUCAGAUGUAUGAGGACAUCAGCCAGGAUCAUGUUAAGAAAACAGUCACCACUGAAAACCACCCACACCUGCCUCCUCCUGCAAUGUGCUCUGUGCACCCAUGCAGACAUGCCGAAGUGAUGAAGAAGAUAAUUGAGACUGUGGCUGAAGGUGGUGGAGAGCUUGGGGUUCAUAUGUAUCUCCUGAUUUUCCUGAAAUUUGUGCAAGCUGUUAUUCCAACAAUAGAAUAUGAUUACACAAGACACUUCACUAUGUAAGGUCCCAGGAUUGCAGCUGGAAUACUUCAUAAAAGAGAGCUGUAUGGAACUGCAGGCAGUGGCCAGCAACACAUUUACACAAGAUGAUUUAAAUAAUUAAACAAUGUUAUAUGACUUUGCAUGGGUAAGAGGGCUAAAUGAUUAAUUGUUACAUUAUUCCCUGAUGUAACUCCAUAUUCUCUGGAAAUGUUUUGCCAUUCUUUAGGGCAAAUUCUGUCUUGCUUGCCUCAUGUUGGAAAGUUUUAUGUUUACACUGGAUUCAAACACCACCACUAACCACUCUCUUAUGUAUUACUGGUGAAAAACUGCUUAAAAAAUAAUCAUGCUAACCAACAUAACUUCUGCUUGUUGCAGCUUCUGACUAGGUGUGAAAUAAAACACGUAUUAAAAGUGUUGCACCUGUU